AUGGAGACAAUUACCAACAAACUCCAGAACGUCAUGGGUACUGCCACUGGGCCGUACAGCGGAAAGACUGCCCUUUUGCUCGGCGCCGGUUUUGUCACACGCCCAACCGUAGAUGUUCUCGCAAAGUCUGGCGUCAAAGUCACAGUGGCAUGCCGUACCUUGGAAAAGGCUCAAGGCCUAGCUAAGGGCAUUCCUAACACCAACGCCAUUAGCCUUGACGUAAAUAACGCCGAAGCGCUCGACGCCGAAGUCGCCAAGGUUGACGUUGUCAUCUCUCUCAUUCCCUACACAUUUCACGCCACUGUCAUCAAGUCAGCGAUCCGCAAGAAGAAGAAUGUCGUCACAACAUCAUAUGUCUCCCCCGCCAUGAUGGAGCUCGACGCUGAGGCAAAGGAGGCCGGUAUCACAGUCAUGAACGAGAUUGGUGUAGACCCUGGUGUCGACCAUCUCUCGGCUGUCCUUACCAUCGAUGAGGUCCACAAGGCUGGCGGCAAGAUCCUGUCUUUCAAGUCAUACUGCGGUGGUCUUCCCGCUCCAGAGGCCUCAGACAACCCCCUCGGUUACAAGUUCUCCUGGAGCUCCAGGGGUGUACUGCUCGCCCUGAGAAAUCAGGCAGCUUUCUACCAAGAUGGCGAGGUCAAGUCGAUCGAGGGCCCAGAGCUCAUGGCCGAGGCAAAGCCAUACUUCAUCUACCCCGGCUACGCUUUCGUCGCAUACCCCAACCGUGACUCCACACCCUACAAGGAGCGCUACAACAUCCCAGAGGCACAAACCAUUAUCCGUGGUACACUGAGGUACCAGGGUUUCCCAGAGUACAUCAAGUGCCUGGUAGACAUUGGCUUCCUGUCAGAAGACCCCAAGGACUUCCUCAAGGAGGGCCAGAAGAGCACCUGGCGCGAUGCCACGGCCAAGAUUGUUGGUGCCACCAGCAGCAAGGACGAAGACAUCAUCUGGGCCAUUUCCUCCCGAACAAAGUUCGCCAGCACAGAAGAGAAGGACCGCAUCAUCUCCGGUCUCCGCUGGAUCGGUAUCAUCUCAGAUGAGGAAAUCAUUCCUCGCGGCAACCCUCUGGACACUCUAUGCGCUACUCUGGAGAAGAAGAUGCAGUAUGAGGAGGGUGAGCGCGACAUGGUCAUGCUCCAGCACAGGUUCGAAAUCGAAAACAAGGACGGCAGCAAGGCGGUCCGCACCUGCACACUCGUAGACUACGGUGACCCCAAGGGCUACUCGGCCAUGGCCAAGUUGGUCGGUGUGCCGUGCGCGGUAGCUGUCCAGCAGGUACUUGACGGUACGCUCAGCGAGAAGGGUAUCCUAGCGCCUAUGAGCACGGAGAUUUGCAAGCCGUUGAUGAAGACAUUGGAGGACCAGUAUGGUGUGUACUUCAAGGAGAAGACCAUCCCCAUGUAA